AGCCGGAAGUUGCCCCUGGGUUGGGAUUCCGGUCCGGCUUCGGCAUCCGCUACACCCCCCUCACCCCCCGCCCGCGAUGGAGGAGACCGAGAUGCAGCUCAAGGUGAAAAAAGUUACAGACAAAUUCACAGAGAGCAUGUACAUCCUGGCCAACGAGCCAUCUGUGGCACUGUACCGACUGCAGGAGCAUGUCAGGCGCUCCCUUCCGGAGCUAGCCCAGCACAAGGCUGACAUGCAGAGCUGGGAGGAGCAGAGUCAAGGAGCCAUCUAUACUGUGGAGUACGCCUGCAGCGCCAUAAAGAACAUGAUGGACAGCAGCGUGUAUUUUGAGAGCAUCGACAGGCUGCUCAAGCAUGCCAUCGCUGUGAAGGAUCAGCUGAAUUCCGCUCAGGGCCGCAGCGCCGCUGCCCUGCAAGCCCCGAAUCCGCCAGCCAGUUCCUGAUUUCAGACCAGACUGGCCUUCCUCUGCCUUUUUCAUCCAGCCCAGCAUUGGAUGGCCUGGGUGUCAAGAGAGGACGCUGCCCACACGCCUUGUCUCUGGGGACGUGCAGGGAUGAGAGCCGCCGACUCCUUUUAAAAGCUUCUGAAGCCAAAGCCACAAGUGACUAGCCACGCGUGGUGUAUAAAGGCCCAG